CCCCCGGAGGUCCGCCAAUCACCUGCUUCGAUCGCGUUUUCACCUACGCACGAUGCUGUCUGCAGAGGGACCCCGAGUGCCGCGCUGGCUUCGAGGAUGUUGUCUCGGAUUCAGCUGCGAUCUCCGGCGAAAGCCCCGCCGAAGAGCGGGAGAAGGAGUCGUACCACUAUCACCUGUACUGCUGCAGCCCGAUGCACCGACCCCUUCUCAUCCACGACUGGCCGGCGCAUCUGGGCAACGGGCUGAUCGUGCUGGCGGAAGCGAGUCUGCUCUCUCUGGCGCUACGCCGCGUGCUCCUCCUGCCCUUGCAGGCCCAGCUGUUCGGCGAAACGCUGGCGGACCUGCAGAAGUUCUAUGCGGACAAGUUAGAAGGAAGUGCGGG